AUGAUCAAAGCAAGGAGUAUACUGUUAACCGUCUUGGCGUUUACCCCCUUCAUCCACGCACACGAAAACCAUGGCGAGAAACAAGACUACUCGACCCUAGACUGGCCAACGAUGCAUAUGAUAGAGGAGCACCACAUCAAUUCAUUCGACGCGAGAUCCUUCUUUACACUACACGACUACGAUAAUUCAGGGGUAUGGACAACAGAUGAGGUCCGGCGAACGUACGGCCUAGAUGACGAGUCAAAUGCUGCUCUCACCGAAGAACGAAAACAACAAAUCCUCCGGGAGGUCUUCAACAUUUUCGACCCCCUAAAAACAGGGGUGAUUUCGGUUAACGACUAUGUACGGCUUUCGAAGGAGGGCAAAAAAUUGCCCGAUUUUGGGACUGGGCCAGGCCACCAUGGUGAUAUGGAGUACGAGUAUGAAAUCCACCAUUUCGAGAAAUACCAUGGGGAUGACGCAAAGGAAGAGGACUUGACGCACCCAGAGGAUAUUGAACACUUUAAGAAACACGAUAGAGAGUAUGCCGAAAGCUUGAGAUUGGACAAGCUGGAGAGCAUGGAUAUCGUGGUUGCCAAUAUUCCGGCCAAAUUUUUGAAGAGCCCGAGCCCAUAA